AUGGCUUUCACUAGUGCUAGGCUAGCACAGAUAAUUUCGUCAAUGACAUGUGGAAUGGAGAAGACGCAAAGGACAUUGGCCGAUGAUUUAGAGGCUAGAAGUUUGGACCAGACAUCAGUUUGGUUACCGGAGUUGUUCCGCCAAGCUAUCACGAAUAUGCUUAGAUUCAAGGAAGGAUACAGAAAUUGGAUGUUGAAUGGUCGUGGGUUCGAUCUUGCAAAUGUUUUUGAAGACUAUACAGACCUCUGGGGUGGUAUUGUCAGAUUGUUGGAUUCACAAAGAAGAAAAAAAAGUGCGAGCGUGCAAAUUGGAAAAUCAAGCAGCAAUGUUAACCGACAAAUCAGUAUGCAGCGCUUGACAGCGGUUCUCGAGGUCAUGAGAGAACAAAAUAUCGACGCUCUAAUAGUACCGACAGCGGACGCCCACAACUCUCAAUACAUCGCCCCUUCUGAUGCUCGUCGGGAAUGGCUUUCUGGUCUGUCAGGGUCAUCAGGAACAGCCCUGGUGACGGAAACCCACGCGCUGGUCUGGACUGAUGGGAGGUACUUCACACAGUUCGAAGUUGAGGUGGACACAAGUGUGUGGGGUUUGAUGAGACAGGGUACAGACUUAACCAUAGAUCGUUGGCUUCUAGCUAACUUAAAUCAAAGCUCCGUGGUUGGCAUCGAUCCCACCACCUAUACUCGCAGUUCAUGGAACUCUUUAGAGGCGCUUCUUAGGCCAGCUAAUAUCAGCGUUGUUCCAACGUCUGAAAAUAUUGUCGAUGAAGCAAGAAGACGCGUUGGUGAUCCAGCGCCAGCGAGACCAAACGAACCAUUGCUAGCACUACCUUCUAAUUAUACAGGAAAGGUUUCUGGCGAAAAGAUAUCUGAGCUUUUGACACAGAUACGAGCCAGGCAAGCUUCUGUUCUCAUCCUGACAGCAUUAGAUGAUAUUGCGUAUACUUUAAACAUCCGUGGAUCUGACAUUCCCUUCAACCCUGUUUUCUUCUCCUAUCUUGUGAUAAGGGCAGACAUUGCGACCGACAACGUGAUCUUGUUCUGGGGCAAUGGAACCUUACCUUCAGAGAUACAGGAACAUCUCUCAUCCGAAGGGACGCAAGUUGUAUCCCAGCCUUAUUCUGAGAUAUUUAACUACUUGAGGAAUAUGAGUACAUCCCUACCCACUGGUAGUAUUAUUUGGCUGACGAAUACUGGUAGCCACGCUGUCUUCUUAGCUGCGGAAACGAAUAAAGCCAUUUCCACACUAUCAACAGUAUCACCGGUCGCCCUUAUGAAGUGCGUCAAAAAUGAAGUUGAGUUACAGGGUUUCCGAGCUUCCCAUAUCCGAGACGGAGUGGCCGUGGUUCGAUUCCUACGUUGGGUACACGAGCAAGUAUCAUCUGGGAAUAAUGUCACUGAAAUUAAUGUGGUUGAUAAAUUGGAUGAGUUAAGAGGAGAAGAAGAUUACUACAAAGGGCUCUCGUUCCCAACAAUCGCUGGUACCGGUAGUAACGGGGCCAUCAUACAUUACAAUCCCUCUAGAGAGGGGCCGCAGGAGGUCAUACAGCGCAAUCACAUGUUACUUGUCGAUUCUGGCGGACAAUAUUUGGACGGAACAACUGAUAUAACUCGCACAAGACACAUGAGCUCAAACCCGACACCGGCUCAGCGACGCGCCUUCACUAGAGUUUUGAAGGGACAGAUCCAACUUGCAACUGUUGUGUUCCCCAGAGGUUCAACGGGCAAUGUCCUAGAGACCCUAGCACGGAAGUUCCUGUGGGACGUGGGGCUCAACUACGCUCAUGGUACUGGGCAUGGUGUGGGUCACUUCCUUAAUGUACACGAAGGUCCAUCUGGGAUCGGUGCAGUUAGAGCAGCUGACGAUCCUGGGAUAGUACCUGGGAUGAUUUUCAGUAAUGAACCGGGGUAUUAUGAAGUAGGAGAGUACGGGAUCAGACAUGAGGAUAUUGUUGAAGUCAUUGAGAUGAAUCAAAAUGCUGAUCAUAUUUUCGCCGAUGGCUUAGUGGGUAAUUUUAGCGGAGUGGGAGCGGUGGCUUUCUACACAAUAUCGUUGGCACCCCAUCAGACUGCCUGCUUAGAUGUCAACCUCCUCAGCGAUCUUGAGAUUACAUAUUUAAAUAACUACCACGCAAGAGUUUUGUCAACAUUAGGACCGAUUCUACGUCAAAGAAACUUAACAGAGGACUAUGAAUGGUUAGAAAAUGAAUGCGCGCCUAUUUAUCGUAGCGCCGCCAUCUUGUUCAAGUUAUCGCCAUUUUUGUUACUCGGUGUUGGUAGCAUGUGGUUGACUAUGUAAAUGUAUAAAUAUACUACAUAAGUAA